AUGCUCCUACGCUCAGCCGUCGACACCAGCGCAACACCCGUCGCGUUUGACGGACUCAAAACGCCCAAGCGUCAGCGAUUCUACUCCGUCCUCUCGUUGUCACCACCACCUUCGGCACAGAUGCCCAGUACGCCAGAGACCCCGUGUCCGUCGCGCCCGCCAUCAAAGGACCUCAAGUCCAAGACCGUGCACAAAGUCGAGGACGACGUGUUCAGCGACACUCCAAAGCUGUUGUUUGACACGUCGCCCGCCAACCUUCGCUCCCCGCGCCCCGAAACCACAACCCACUGCGACAAGGAACAUGAGCUCCCCAUCGUCGACCAGACAUCGCCCCUCGCCGACGUCGAUCCCGGGGACGUGGUGGCCAUCACGUUCAAGUGCAGCCGGCGGGAUCUCGAGACCUGCAGCUUCGUGAACCGGGACGUCAUCGCCACUCUCCAGGACAUGGAGGAAGAUGGCCUAUGUCACUCGCCGCUGGGGAAGGAAGGUUUGCCACUCGUGGUCCUCAAGUACAGGACAUACCGCCUCCCUGAGGAGGCCAAUCUCCAGUAG